ACAACAAACGUUAUCCUUAUUUCACUUUCUUCUAAUCUCUUUAUCCUUCUCUCUCUUCUGUGCUUCUCGUAAACGGGAAUCUAGGGUUUUACCCGUUCAUUUUCAACAUCAAUUUUGACUUCUUAUUUGCAGGAAAAUUCCUCGGAAUCAACUGUCUUCACCUGUCAGUCUCUCCGAUGCUGUAAAUGGUUGCUGGAACGUUUAUCAUUCUGCUUUUGAUUGUUGUUUUCUAGCUGAAAAUGAUAAAUGAAGAAAUUUUAAAGGCUGUUUUCCCUUUAUUGGAUGGAGUAGACCUUGCUUCCUGUAUGGUAGUGUCUAAGCAAUGGAGAGACAUAGCCCGGGAUGAUUACUUCUGGAAAUGUUUAUGUGCAAGGAGGUGGCCUUCAAUUUGCAAGCGACCGAAUCCUCCCACAGUAACCUACUACAAACUAUAUCAGACCUUUUAUAAACGCCAGGAGCGUCGAACUCUUUUGCCACCAAGGCUUUCCUUUGAGGAUUUGGAAUUUUACAUUGACAUUUGGACUGAUGAUAAAUUGAUAUUCUCUGAAGUGGUCCCAGGCCCUGUCUUCCAGAAUGGAUUCAAGAUCCCACCACCAGGAAUUUCAGACAUGCCACAAUAUCAUCGUGAGGACGACCCUGAGUGCAAGAUGACCAUACCUGUUGAGCCAAGGUUUACAAUUCCAUGUAGCCAGACAGUGAGUGCUUCAGUACUUGUGGGACGGAAGGAUUCCAACAGAGUCGCUUGUAUAAUUAAUAAAUCCAAGUUUGAUUACAUAGACCGACCAUCCCACAGGGCUCAUGCAUUUGAGUAUCUUGACUUCGCCCCUGCUUACCCUUUCACUUAUGGAAUCCGAGCGUGGAUUUCUCUGCAUUUCAUGGAAGAUGAAAACGAAGGUGUCCUCAAUGUUUUUGGUCUUGAAAUGGAUUUCUAUGAUGCUGCAAACUCCAAGGAAGAGGUCCUGUGGCUAUUAGACAUGCUGGAUUGGAAGUGAAGACCUUUGGUUUAGACUUUGGUGGAGAGUUUGAAUUCCCCCUCACCCUCCAUGCAGAGAUUUGCCUAAAGUGGUUCAAGUUUCAUGCGUGUUAUAAAAGUCUGUACAUGCCUUUUAAAUAUUAUAAUUGCCAAUAAAUUCUAAACAAUCUGCUUUGUAAUCCUAAAAAUUCUGAGGUUUGCUAAUUAUCUUUAUUAAGAAAAAUCAAUCAAGGGUUUUUUCCAA